GUGACAGUCUGUGUCUGCUUUAGUCAGCUGUUUAUUGUGGGAGUGAUAUGUUUAUAGUGUUGUGAAAGUUAAAAGGAUAAAAUGAGGCAUUUACAAGGAGGAAAAAUGGAUGUAUCUGUAAUACAUUCAUUAGCAAGAAACACAUUAAUUAAUUUAAUUGAAAAGUGUUCUGGUACAAAGCUCAUUGUCUGGGAGUCUUCAAUCAGUGGCCCCAUGGGCUUAAUAGCCCAAUAUUCAUUAUUAAAGGAAAUGGGUGUGAUUAAAAUGUAUCCUUUGAGAACUGGUCCAUUAUUGGAAAAUCCUGCUGAGCAUGUGAUUUUCAUAUCAAGACCUAAGCUCCACAGUAUGGAUUUAAUUGCAGAAAAUGUUCAUGAAUCAAAGAAAACCAGUGGCAAUUCAAAACAGUAUCAUCUGUUCUUUCUCACAAGGAACAGUUUGCUUUGUAAAAAACGACUUGAGAAUAGAGGCAUGUUGGGAAGCUUAACAUAUAUAGAAGAAUUAAAUUGUGAAUUCUUCCCAGUUGAUUCAGAUCUAAUUUCCAUGGAGAUUCCAGAAGUGUUUGGUGAAUACCAUAUACAGAAUGAUCCUACAACUCUGUACAAAAUUGCCCAAGCAAUUAUUACUCUGCAGAAGAUCUAUGGACCUAUACCCAGAGUCUGGGGCAAAGGUCAAGCUGCAAAGCAGGUUUGGGACUUGGUUAAGAGAUUGCAAAGAGAGAAUAAUUUAGAGGAAACAUUCAAGAAUAAUCAAACUACGUCGAUCGAUCAAAUCUUACUGAUUGAUCGUUCAAUAGAUUUGAUAACGCCAUUGGCUACUCAGUUGACUUACGAAGGUUUAAUUGACGAAAUUUUCGGACUCAAUAAUACAACCGCCUGCUUUCCCGCGGACAAAUUCAAAAAUAAAACUGAUAGAGUGAGCGAAUCUCUUGCUGAAGCCAAAGAAACUGUAAUCUUAGACUCGGCAGAUGCCCUUUUUACGGAUUUAAGGGAUAAAAACUUUAAUGCAGUCGGAGCUUUCCUGUCGAAACAAGCGAAACUUAUUAGUGCCCAGCUGGAGGAGCGCCAUGAGAUAUCGGUGCAAGAAAUGAAGGUUUUCGUGCAAAAACUACCAAAUAUAUUAGCAAACAAAAAUGCUCUUUCAAGACACACAGCAAUCGCUGAAUCCAUUAAAGACGUAACUGACAGCUUUGAUUUUCUUGACUCUUUGCAGGUGGAACAAGAGUUCUUAAAUUGCAUAGAAGUUGAUAAAGCAAAUGGGUAUAUUGAAGAUUUACUGGCGCAAAAAGCACCAAUGAUAAAGGUUCUUCGAUUGAUUUGUUUGCAAUGUUUGACUGGAUCAGGCUUAAAACCAAAGUUAUUGGAAUAUUACAAAAGGGAACUUGUUCAAGUUUAUGGUAUUGAAGCACUGUUGGCUUUAAACAAUUUAGAAAAGGUUGGUUUGUUGAAAGUACAAACUGGUAGUAGACAAUAUGCUGUUUUGAGAAAGACAAUGAGGCUUACAGUGGAAGAUACUUCCGAAAUUAAUCCAAUAGAUAUCAGCUAUGUGCAUAGCAUUUAUGCACCACUCAGUAUAAGAAUUGCUGAGCAGUUGAUGAAAAACGGUGGUUGGAAACAAUUGCAAGACGUCUUAGGUCUUUUACCAGGGCCGAACGUUGAAGAUACUUCCAAUAUUUAUAAUGGCGCAAUAUCGAAUUCCGCUUUAAACGAUGCUCCAACCGUGGUGCUAGUCUUUUUCAUUGGUGGUUGCACAUUUGCAGAAAUCUCGGCUCUUCGUUUUCUAUCUCAGCAGGAAAAUUCCAAUGUAGAAUUUGUAGUCGCAACAACAAAGUUGAUCAAUGGCAACACAUUCCUCCAAUCCAUAAUAGACAUUGACAACAAAAAAACUGUUAGCCAUGGAAUAUAACAUAAAUGAAUAUUUUGCUUCA